GAAGUUCUGAAAAUGAUAAUACCAAAGAGUUGAGUUGUUUAUUUAUGAGAUUUAGGCAUUUAGCUAUACGUGUCCUGGUUUUCCCGAUGAACUCCCAGUAGAGUGCGAUGGAGGAUAUGUGGAACAGAGAAUUGUUAUUGUCGCAACGAUCAUCGUCGAUGGAAGAACGAUUCUGGACAGAAAUUGGGAGUGGAUGGAUUACCUACACGCUUGCUGUUGUAACCCUCGUCUUUGUGUUUCAGUUCGCGAGGUUUCAAAUCAUCCCCCGAUUCCUACUAUUCAUCAACCCUCGUUUUGGAUCCGUGGAACAAUCGAACACUCCCACAGUUUCUCUUCCACCGUCGUCUCAAUCACAUAGAAUAUCAGAUAUCAUUACUGAUUUGGAUCUUAAACUUCUGAUAGACAAUCUGGAUGAAACCACACAUGAGAAUUGGGAAAAUGUUGUAGAUAAAAGAAACAAUUCACUCUCCUACCAUGUCAAGUGUUGCAAACCAAAGGAUGGUGGCCCACUGAAGUAUUUAAGCACUACAGUAUUCCAUUCUUGUUCUUCAGACACACUAAGAGACUUCUACAUGGAUAAUUUCUACAGAAAAGAGUGGGACAAAACCAUAAUUGACCAUGAACAGUUGCAGAUUGAUGAAAGUAAUGGAACUGAAAUUGGACGCACAAUAAAAAAAUUCCCUUUUUUAACCCCAAGAGAAUACAUUCUUGCUUGGAGACUAUGGGAAGGAAGUGAUAAAACCUAUUAUUGUUACAGUAAGGAAUGUGAGCAUCCUUUAGCUCCAAGACAAAAGAAGUAUGUACGCAUUGGCCUUUUAAGAUCUGGUUGGAGAAUAAAGGAAGUGGGUGGUAGAAAUUCAUGUGAGAUAAAAAUGGUUCAUCAAGAAGAUGCUGGUUUAAACGUUGAUAUGGCAAAAAUGGUAUUUGCUAAGGGCAUAUGGAGUUAUGUAUGUAAAAUGGAUAAUGCUCUUCGGAAAUAUUCUGACAUUAAACGUCUUCAACUUACUUCGGUUGUUAGUGCGAUCACUCUUGUCCAGAAGGUACCGCUUGAGUUGGAGUCUACGAGGAGGAUUGAAGAGAUAGGUCAUCCGGAAGUUUCUCAAGAGAGAAAAGUGUCGCGAAAGCCUUCAAAGAAAUUGAUAGCGAAUGGAUUGAUUCUUGUUGGUGGGGCGAUUUGUUUGGCGCGUGGACAUAAUAGCUUAAGUGGAAAGCUUGUCAUGGCAUUUGUAUUAAGUAAGCUUACAAAGCGACACCAAAAGAAGGAAUAGAAAUAGAUAAAGAAAUAUAUGGAAAACUAUGUAAAUUGUGAUCUUUAAGUCUUUAACUGCUACUUAUGCUGAAAUGAGUUAAAAAGUUUCUAUAACAUGUUGGUUUUUCUUUUUA